GAAGAGGACGUUUCCGAGGUUCGAGGUUUAUAUAUAUAAGCUUUGAGGUAAAUCUUUCCAUUCCUUCGUGAGCAUCUAUAUUGAACGUUACGACGGCGAGGUUCUUCUAUGAUUCUUUUGUGUCUAGCAGUUUGUCCGUUUUGUGCUGUACAUCCUUGGUAUUUUCUUUUCACCUCCGGACACAUAAAAUGAUCCGUUCAAAAGCUCUCACGCGGGGUAGAUUUGGGCACUCCAGCACGAGAACUUUGAAGCAUUUUGUACGUAGGGAGGAUGGUAAACAUACGCACGAGGAUAGAUAUGGAGAAACAAUCAAGAAUUUGAAGAUUGGAAGUCAUACUAGAGUUAUCUUUCAGGGAUUCACGGGGAGACAGGUGACAUCCCAAAGUUUAGAAUCAUUUAUGAUUCCCAUGCUGAUCUUCAUAUUCGAUUAAGGCCACAGCCAAUGCAAGAGAAUCAAUAGAAUGGGGAACUAACAUAGUUGGUGGUGUGACACCGGGAAAGAGCGGCGAGCAUUUGGGAUUACCAGUUCUGCCCACUGUAAAGGAGGCAAUGGAACAACUUAAACCAGAUGCAACUGGAAUAUAUGUAGCAGCUCAUCAAGCACCAGGCGCAAUUGAAGAAGCCAUUGAAGCAGAAGUUCCUCUGAUUGUUGCUGUUGCUGAACACAUCCCUAUUCAUGAUAUGUUAAGGAUACAUAAUAUACUGGACACUCAAUCAAAAAGUCGAUUGGUUGGUGCCAAUGCUCCAGGGAUCAUUUCAGCGAUUGGAAAAUGUCGAAUUGGUUUCCAACCCCUUUCUUGCUUCACACCAGGUCGUAUAGGCAUUGUCGCUAAAUCAGGAACUUUAAGUUAUGAAGCUGUUGCAUCAACGACUAGGGCUGGACUUGGUCAGAGUCUGUGCAUUGGAAUGGGUGGUGAUGUAUUGGCUGGCACUAAUUUUGUGGAUGCUUUGAAGAUUUUUGAACAUGAUGACGAUACUGAUGGAAUCAUCAUUAUUGGUGAAAUUGGUGGUGAAGCAGAACUUGAGGCUGCAGAUUGGAUCAAGGAAUAUAAAAAACGCUCCCCAAAUCCCAAGCCUAUUACGGCACUAGUAGCUGGUGUUCAUGCAGCUCCUGGUAAAGUCAUGGGUCAUGCUGGGGCUUUCACUUUACCAGGAGAGCCUGAUGCGUUGACGAAAAUCAAAGCUUUCGAAAAUGUAGGAGUCACUAUGGUCAACCAUCCAGCCAAAUUUGGUACUGCUAUGAAGACACUAUUAGAGAGCUCCGGCCGAUCGAGUAAUGGUGUGGCUACAGGUAGUCUUUCUCAAAAACGAGGUAUACACACAAUGAGGAUCCGACCAACACCUAGGAUUUCACAGAUGGACAUGACGCAAAGAAGAACUUUAUAUCUCAAAGAGGGAGAUGCGUUUAAAUUACUCGACGAAAAGAAAAUCAUUAGAAGCCCAGCUGGAAACACUUACCACCUGACUGUUGGCAUUGAUCGAAGUAAUCGAUGCCCAUGUUUAAUAAUACAGGAGCAGGGUAAAGAGAACGAGCCUCCUACGAAAUCAAUAAAGCUUCCAUUCUCAUACGAUGCAACCAGAAUGUCUAAUGUACUCAGUAAGUGCAGCUCUUAUCUGGGAUUAAAACCUCAAAGCAGGUUGUUGAAAUCACUCGUUUCCGACUUGUAUGAACUCUUCAAAGAAAAAGAAGCAUUUCUCCUCGAAUGCGUCGUAAAAAGUCAAAAGGCAACCAAAUUAGAAGCUCACCAGAGAAUGGUGGUUGUGAAUGCACGUUUCGGUUUUGACGAUGCCGCCUUUAAAAGUUCGAAUCGUCAAGCAGAGAUCCAUUCUCUCCCUCGCGCGGAUAUUCAAGAUCCUGCCGAAAAAGAUGCCGAAAAAGACGGCAUAGUAUACAUUAAGCUUGCCGGUGAUGGUAAUAUUGGGACAUUGGUCAAUGGUGCAGGAUUGGCCAUGAAUACUGUAGAUGCGUUAGCAGAUGCAGGGGGUAAAGCUGCCAAUUUUUUGGAUACGGGGGGGAAAGCGACGGCAGAAACGGUGAAGAAGAGCUUUGAGGUGAUAUUGAGAGAUGGGAGGGUGAAGGUGGUUUUUGUCAAUAUUUUUGGGGGUUUGACUUUAGGAGAUAUGAUUGCCGAGGGGAUACUUUUGGCUUUUAAGGAGUUGGGAGUUAAGGUGCCGGUGGUUGUUAGAAUUAGAGGAACGAAUGAGAAGGAGGGGCAGAGGAUUAUUGCUGAAAGUGGAUUGCCACUAUAUGCAUAUGAUGACUUUGAUGAAGCGGCGGCCAAGGUAAUAGAAUUAGCGAACUCCAGUAGAGCUUGAUACUACUUUUUAGAUUAAGUGGUAUAUAUUUAUCAAAAUGUCUUCGGCUUUUUAGUGCUUCAUCUGCAGAAUAGAAACACUUCUGAAGAGAUUCGAAGGUGACGAAAUCUGCCAAGAAUUUAGGAACGUUUGCAUGAAUGAUAGUUCUCCGAAAAUGCAUUUCUUCGACUCCAGCAAGAAAUUCUUAGGCGUACUUCAGACCAAACUUUGUGUUUAUGGACGGCGUUUCACGAACACUAAAAUCUUGGUCUAUUAGCAACUUCUCCAAGGGCUUUUUGCACCCAUCAAGACUGCUUCAGUUGGCUGCCGGCCCAUUCGAGCGGAUCCGGAGAUCUUCAUAGUCAAUAUAGUUCACUUAUUCCAUCAAAUUAUACACCUCAAAGUUUACAGUACAACCAGCAAACUAGGGAAUACAUUGAAGGUCCUUCA